UUUUUAAAAAAAAUAAAAUAUUAUUUCUCUGUCGAUUUACGACUAUUUUUUUAAUAAAGAAAAAAAACUACAAUUAUGAGCAAUGGCAAAUCUGGCGUUAGCCUUGAGCAAAAAUUUGCUGAUUUAGGCUUCAAGGACAAUCAAAGUUCGGGGAAACCUACCGCUGGUCGUUAUGUUCCUCCCCACAUGAGAAACAGAUCUGACCGAACAACCGAACGAACAACCGAACGAACAACCGAACGAACAACACCUACCAUAAAAGAAAACACAUCUCAGCCACCACAACAAUAUCAAAAUAACGAUAACUUACAACCACAACCACAAUAUGAUAAUGAAUCUUAUAAUAAUGAACAUGACGAGCUAGUUCCACCCCUCCAAUCACGCCGUUCGAACGGCUGGCAUUCUCGGAAUGGAAGUGCUGCGCCUGCAGUUAACUGGAAUGGUGGUCGUACUUCAUUCCCUCGUGCAGAUGCUUGGGGAGGUAGUCGCAGUGAAAUGAGUUAUUCUACCCAAAAUCGUACUGGUUGGAUUGAUCGGGCAUCAUCAGGGGGAGACCGUUACCGUAAUCGUUAUAGUAAUUAUGGUGGUCGUGGAGGAGGCUUUGAUGAUUUUGGUCGUCGUGGUGAAGAUGGCUAUGGUACUUGGAAAGAUGGUGUACAUAAAGUUGCACCAAAAAAUUUACAGAUAGAAAGAGAACUUUUCGGUUCACCCGAUGACCCUGAUCGUCAACAUACCGGUAUUAAUUUUGAAAAGUAUGAUGAUAUUCCAGUUGAAGCCAGUGGUAAUAAUGUUCCAGAAGGAGUGUCAGACUUCACAAGCCCUCCUUUAGAUAAACAUCUUCUUUGCAAUAUUGAACUCGCACGUUACACUACUCCCACACCUGUUCAAAAGUAUUCUAUACCAAUUGUAUCUAAUGGGCGCGACCUUAUGGCUUGUGCUCAAACAGGUUCUGGCAAAACUGGAGGUUUCUUAUUUCCAAUUUUGUCUGAACUUUUCAAAUAUGGUCCUUCACCUCCACCGCCUGAACAACCUGGAUAUACUCGUGGUUUGUCUCGUAGUCGCAAAGCUUAUCCUGUAGGAUUAAUUCUUGCACCUACUCGAGAAUUAGCAUCUCAAAUUUAUGAAGAAGCUAAAAAAUUUGCAUAUCGUUCCUGGGUACGUCCUUGUGUUGUAUAUGGUGGCGCUGAUAUUUCCGGUCAAAUUAAACAAAUUGAUCGUGGGUGCGAUUUAUUAACUGCUACCCCUGGUCGUCUUGUUGAUUUGAUCGAACGAGGUCGGGUUAGUCUAUUUCACACCCGUUAUUUGGUUCUCGAUGAAGCUGAUCGUAUGUUAGAUAUGGGAUUCGAGCCCCAAAUUCGUCGUAUUGUUGAACAAGAAGAUAUGCCUGGUGUUAACGAUCGUCAGACACUUAUGUUUAGUGCUACAUUUCCACGAGAUAUUCAAAUUCUCGCUCGUGAUUUCUUAAAAGACUAUGUUUUCUUAAGUGUUGGUCGCGUUGGUAGUACAAGUGAAAACAUUACUCAAAAAAUUGAAUACGUUGAAGAAGACGACAAACGAUCCGUGUUAUUAGAUAUUCUACAUGCUCAAUCAAAUUCUGGGCUUACAUUAAUAUUUGUUGAAACUAAACGUAUGGCAGACAUGUUAUCAGAUUUCCUUAUUAAUUCUAAUUUUCCUGCCACAUCAAUUCAUGGUGACCGAUCACAACGUGAACGUGAGCGAGCUCUUGAUUCAUUUAGGACAGGUCGUACUCCUAUAAUGGUAGCUACCGCUGUUGCUGCUCGUGGUCUUGACAUUCCUAACGUUACACAUGUCAUCAAUUAUGAUUUACCGACUGAUAUUGAUGACUAUGUACAUCGAAUUGGUCGUACUGGUCGAGCUGGAAAUGUUGGCUUAUCAACGUCGUUUUUCAAUCGCGGUAACAAAGGCAUAGUUCGUGAUUUGAUUGAUUUAUUGAAAGAGGCGAACCAAGAAAUUCCUAUGUGGUUAGAGACUGUAGCGAAAGAAAGUCAAAGUUAUGGACGUGGUAGUGGACGUGGUAGUGGUCGUGGAAGCCGAGGUGGUAAUCGAGAUCAUCGUAGAUUUGGUGGCAGCAGCAGUGAAAGAGGAGGCUAUGGAAGCAGUAGUAAUAAUGAAAUUGGUUAUUACGGCGGCGGAGGUGGCGGAGGUGGCUAUGGUGGCGGAAGUUACGGCGGAGGUGGAUAUGGUGGUGGAAAUUAUGGGAAUGCUAAUGGAAAUUAUAAACAAAGCUGGUGGUAAUAUCCACCUUCUAAGAGAAAGGAAAACCGGGAGCUAAUGAGGAAAUGCGGAAACAGCUAUAGAAAUGUUUAUGAUGAGUAUGAUUUUCGGGGUGUGGUUAUACCAAUCGUGAAGUAUAAGAUUGUGAUUAUUGCAUGCAUUUAUUUGAAAUGAGAGAUAUAUUCAAGAAAUUUUGGCUGGACUUAAUUGCAAUUUCUUUGUUCUAUAAAUUAUGAUAGACGUCAUCAUUAUUUUAUUAUAUGUAAAUGGACAUUAAUUUUUUAUUAUUAUUAU